UUAACUAUAAAUAUACAUGCAGGCAGCUCUACUACGUAGAAAGAGCCCGUGAUGAUUCAGUCAUAACCAAUCACACAUACAGAAGCAACUUGAGCAUUUUAAUCUUGUUCCCUUCUUCAUGACUGUACAUCCUUGCAAAACAUUUCCUUAGAGGCGGAGACGAAUUGUGGGAGGACUUGGGGGCGGGAGCUUCUUAACUCCGCCCACGGUCAGCAUCUUGGUGGAAAACCUUCCUAGGUUUCAGGCUUAAGGUAAACGAGGAGUGGCAUUUCUAAAUCGAGAGCACUGGGACAUCAUCAGUCGCAACUCUCUCUCUCUCUUACCCGUUUUUCUUGGACUUCGGUGCCCACACAACACUACUACGGUUCUGUAACUCCCAAGAUUCUUCUCUGCAUGCUGGGCAUAACUGCCCUCUCCCUGGCAGCACCUUCCUACCCUCGCUCAGUGUCUGCAUCCGCUCCUGAGCCAGAUUAUCAAAAGAAGACAAGGCCCUCACCGAAAUCUAUCCUAUCAGCCGAUCCAGAGGAACCCAAGGAAGAGGAAGAACCUACCGCAAAGGGAAGGCCGAAAGCGAGAACCAUCAGAUUCAACUCGAAUUCAGUAGUCACCACUCCGGCCAACCCAUUCUUGUCGUCCAUCUCAGGCUCUGGAAGAAACAGUGACAGAAGCGAUGAGGUCCUGAGCACCAAGGAUACCAUCAAGAUAUUGACAGGCAUCAUGCCGGCUCUGACGAAGGCCCUCAUCGACUCGGACAGCACCGGUGCAGAGAAGAUGAGGGACAUCACCCUGGCCUUCUUGCCGCUAGCCAGGGACGUGGUGGAAUCCCGGGGGAGCGACUUCGGAAGGAGCGUUAACAAUGAGGAAGUAACAGCUGUCGAAUACGCCGAACAAGUUGUCCCUUCAUUCAUGGACGCCAUGGUCGACUACGUGGACGAGCUGGCCACAGGGGCGCCAUUCCAAUUCGACGUUGACGAAGUUCUGGACAACAUACCAGAAGUCAAGCUACCGAAAUUCGACGGUCCACUCAUCCCCGAUGUUGAAAUUCCCGAUAUUGUCAUUCCAGAAGUAGAGAUCCCAAAUUUCAAUGUCAGAGGUUAAAUGAACAUUUUUCUUUCCGAGGAGUAAUUUUACAUGUUCAAGAAUGAUAUUCAGGGUGAAAUAAGAGGUGCGCCUUUUAAAGAUUACUAAAUAUUCUACAUUGGGAUUGUUUGAGAACUUUUAGAAACAACCUGAAAAUUCUCCUUUCUAAACUUAAGGACCAAUAUAUCAACAUGAUAUGCACUUUGCAUACCCUGACGACUAUUAACAAUAGAUCUAGUAGUCUUUCAAUUGAAAUAACCUCUUUUCCACAAAUUCAAUAAUUUUCUUUCGAAACUUCAUGACUUGUAAAGUAUAUCCUGAACUUUCUUUACUACGCAACGUAACGCUGAGACUUAUAACAGCUAAUCUGAAUACAUUACACCUCAUAGCUUGAAGACAUAUGACAGGUAAUAAGAAUUUUUCCUCUUGAAAUUUCAUGACUUGUACCUCAUAACAAUGUGUAGGACUCAAAAGCAUGCAUUUAAAUCAUAACUGGCGUUAUGAUGUUAGU